UUAUGGCGUGACUAGAGACGGUCGAAUCUCGUCUCUCGACAGUCGAUGCUUUUAAUUUUUUAAAAGUCGCACGCAAAUUUGAGUCGUACGUACGUUAAACAGUCGUUAAAAAUGUUGCCACUCUCUUUAUUACGAACGGCGCAAAAUCAUCCCAUGCUAGUCGAAUUGAAAAAUGGUGAAACCUACAACGGACAUUUAGUCAGUUGCGAUAAUUGGAUGAAUAUCAAUCUCAGAGAAGUCAUAUGCACCUCAAGGGAUGGUGACAAAUUCUGGAGGAUGCCAGAAUGCUACAUUCGGGGCAGUACAAUAAAAUACCUUAGGAUUCCAGAUGAAGUUAUAGAUAUGGUCAAAGAAGAUGUGCAGAUGAAAUCAAGAGGCAGAGGUGAAAUGAAGGGUCGCGGUGGUCAAAAUCAGAGAGGUGGCCGUGGAGGCGGCGGUGGUGGAGGAGGAGGAGGUGGCAGAGGAACAUUUGGUGGACGUGGUGGCCGAGGUCCUGCACCCUUAGGUAGGGGGGGCAAUCAAGGUGGUAAUAAACUCCAGAAUAAACCAAGAACCAAAUAAAUGCUGGUGUUGAUUCAACAAGUAUUGUGUACUAUAAGUAAGGUCGUCUAUUCAAGUGAUAAGAAAAUGUUACUACGUUUUAAUAGUAGGCUAUGAAAAUUGGCACUUGAUUUAAUUGUGUCUAUGAUGAAUAAAGAACUUUCUAUAAUA